AUGAGGGGGUUCACUCGGAACUCCCUCCCUCUCUCCCCUUGCCGCGUCGUCGCCGCCGCGGAAAAAACAAAAACAGGCGUGAAAAUGCCUUGGAUGACACUAUUAUAUGUUGCAUUUCUCUUUAUCCCUUUAAGAAUUCAGCUUUGUUAUGGCGAUCUUGCGGAUGACUAUAGUGAUGAUGAGCCAGCCCCGGCGCCGCCGCCGGGGCAAGACAAUUGUAAUGGUGUAUUCUUGAGCUACGCUUUCACGUCAAGGUCUAAAGAAUAUCCUCACGUAAAGAACGUUACAGCUCAAUCCUGGGCAUUUAACUCCAUUGCCACAAUAGUCAAUUCUGGGACGGAGGAGGUAAAGGGAUGGAAGAUGUUUGUAGGGUUUCAGCAUAAAGAGAUAUUGGUGUCGGCAAGCAGCGCCAUCAUUGUAGACGGUAGCGGAGAUUUUCCAGUGGCGGUUGGGAAUGGAACAACCUUAGCAGGGUACCCCAUGACAGACCUCAAGACCUCCAUCGAUACUGCUGGGGAUUAUAACCAGAUUGCGGUGCAGGUUCAGUUCGCCGGUACGAUGUUCGGGAUGAAAGAGAAGGCGAUUCCGAUGCCGAAGACGAUUAGGCUGGCAAACGAUGGAUGGAAUUGCCCUAAGCCUACUAAAGAUCCUACCUACAUGCAUGUAUGUUGCAAAAAGAAUCCCAAAUUCAAGGCCAAGUCUCCCAAAGGCAAGUACUUGCCUAAGCAAUAUGGAGACCUCAACUUCAUGUAUGAUGUUCUUAAAGCAUAUGAAGGUAGCUAUGAGGCCCAAGUCACCAUGGACAACAACAACCCCUUAGGCCGCCUUGAUCAUUGGAACUUGACUUGGGAAUGGAUAAGAGGAGAGUUCAUUUACUCCAUGAAAGGAGCUUACACUCACAGGAUCGAUUACUCUGAUUGUAUUUAUGGCUUGGCUGGCCAAUUCCUCUCAGGCUUGGAUUUCACUCAAGUCAUGAAUUGCCAAAAAAAGCCUGUGAUUGCUGAUUUGCCGGCGGAUAGAGCAAACGAUACCAAGAUUGGAAAAAUACCUUAUUGUUGCAGAAAUGGGACUCUCUUGCCACCAUUGAUGGAUGAAAGCAAAGCAAGAUCAAUUUUCCAAUUAAGGGUCUAUAAAUUGCCCCCUGAUACAGCCAAAACUGUUUUGUAUCCUCCACAAAGAUGGAAUAUUACUGGGUUACUCAAUCCUCAGUACAAAUGUAGUGCUCCAAUUAGAGUAGAUCCAACAGAAUUUCCUGACCCAAGUGGGCUUCAGGCUACAACAAGUGCUAUUGCAAGUUGGCAAGUUGUUUGCAACAUUACCAAGCCAGAAAAGAAGAAAACUAAGUGCUGUGUUUCAUUCUCAGCUUACUACAAUGAUUCCGCCAUCCCAUGCAGCACCUGUGCUUGUGGCUGUGACGAUAUUGAUACAGAUACUUGCAAUCCCAAUGGGCGUUCAAUGCUUCUACCUGCAGAUGCUCUACUUGUUCCUUUUGAAAACAGGACAGCAAAAGCCAAAGCCUUUGCCCAUCUCAAGCACAGGACUGUUCCGAAAAAGUUGCCUUGCCCGGACAAUUGUGGAGUUAGUAUAAAUUGGCAUCUGAACUCUGAUUACAAGACGGGAUGGACAGCUCGGAUCACCCUGUUUAAUUGGGGAGAUACUCCAUUUGAGGACUGGUUCACUGCUGUUGAAAUGAAAGAGGCUUUCCCUGGUUAUGAAAAUGUCUAUUCGUUUAACGGAACAAAGCUGAAAUCAGUUAAGAACGCCAUUUUCUUCCAGGGUUUGCCAGGUUUGAAUUACUUGGUGGCAGAGACAAAUGGGACUAAACCAGAUGAUCCGAGAAUUCCUGGAAAGCAACAAUCUGUUAUUUCAUUCACAAAGAAACAAACACCAAGAAUAAACGUUCGACUUGGCGAUGGAUUUCCUUCGAAGGUGUUCUUCAAUGGCGAAGAAUGUGCACUUCCUGAUGGUUUUCCUCGGAGUGCAGGGCACAGCUCUCGAGUUUCCUUCACGGCUGUUAUCUUCAUAGCUAUCAUGACUUCCUUGCUGAUGACAGACCGUCUCCAUUGA